AUGUCCUCCGACGUGUCGUCUCCCUCGUCUUUGUCGUCAAAGAAGGCGAAGAUCCAAAAUCCUCGCGGGGUUGGCGGCGAACAACGACAAGAAAAAGAAGACCAAUUGGAAGAAGAAGAAGUGAAAAUCAAAACCGAAUUCCGCAACGUUUUUUAUUCAACGUCCAAAGACAUCUCGGACGUGUGCGGACCGAGAGUCCGAUUCACGUGCAUAGAUUGCAACGAGAGAGUGGUUGCGUUGGGCGCGAAUACCGGGAGCGUGUAUUGCUUCGCGAGAACGUACGUUGAGAAGAAGACCAAGAAGAAGAAAGAUGGAGACAAGGAGGAAGAGGAAAAGAAAAAUUCCUCUGUUUCUUCAACCGAAGAAGGCCGAUUACGAUUUCUCGCCGUGAUUUCUCCGCAAUCGAUCAAAAGAACAGACGCACAAACUGGCCGAACGAUGGUGACAUCGCAAGUCAUACAGAAGGUAAAAUUGAGUCCGGAUGGAAACAUGGCUGCGAUUGCGUACGCGAGCGGCGUGCUGCACGUGAUUUCUUUUAAAAGCGGUAGUAGCAAUAAUAGUAGUAAUAGUAGCACGCCGCCAGCUGGGCGAACGAUUGCUUUAUUGAGAAAAGCGCACGCGAGUCAAAUUAUAACAGCUUUGACGUGGUCUAACGAUGGGAACGUUGUGUAUUGCGGCGACGACGCCGGGAUGGUGACUUUGACGGACAUAUCGGCGUUUACAAAAUAUUUUAAAACCGGGGACGGAAGCGAUGUUUUGAAAAAGAAGAAGGAUGACGCAAUCGCGGGAACAUCCACGGGUAGCGGUAGCAGUAAUAACAAGAACAAAAGCGGGGGUGGUGGGAAUAAAGACAAUAGCAACAGCGUCGGACAAAACGAGUCUCAGCUUCUCGAGUUUGAACCGAUUUUCUGCGCGAAGUUUGUGAAGUGCGAUUCGCUUCUUCCAGGCAUGGAGGAUGGUUCAGAAGCGUGUUAUCAGAUUGAUUGCUCAAAAUCAAAUCUAUCGACUUUACUUUCCUCGCGUUCAAAGGCGAGCGUAUUGGCGGUGAAUUCAGGAGAACAAGAGGUGAUUGGAACGAAACCGAGAGACGGUUCGUUUGGCGCAUGCUUUCACGAGAUGUGCAAAUCUGCGAUUGGUAUGGACUACGGAGAAGAAGGAGUGGAAAAGAAACGAGAGUGGGCACUUUGUUCGCGACCGGGAAGACGACUAUGGAUAACAACCGUCGAAGUCAACGAAGGUGAUGAGGUGGUUCCAAAAGUUGAUGUUGUUGCGACUUUACGCCCGGAUCUUCCUUGGCCAACGACGCCGACCAUCCUCGGCUAUCCCGAAAGCUGCUUCGAGUUUAAGUCGAAUUCAGACCGAAUCAAACGCAUGCAAAAGCGAUUCGAGUUUGGUACGUUGACGCCCUUUGGUGACGAUAACAGAAUGUGUUUAUCCGUGGCACAAAAAUCUGUCGCCAUCGUAGACGUUGCGCGCGCAACCGUCGCGGAGUGGUUUCCUUUGCGCGAACCAGAAACAAUUGCUCGAGGAAAUUUCGCGUCUGGUUUUUCAGAUUUUGCAGUUUCUGGGCGAUCUGUUUUCUUUCUCACUAAAUCAGCGACUGAACCUACGAUUGAAGCAGAAUCUAGCGUUGGUUCGAUUGUCUGGUGCUUCGAGGUCUCGAGCGAUGAAGAUUCGACGAAGCGAAAGGAGGUUCGCGAAUUAUGUAAAGUGGAUACGAGUGAGCAACCGAUGGUAUCGUCUUCGUCGUCUGUCGUCGUUUCUGGCAACGCGCACGCGGCAAAUAUCGAAGAGAAAGCGGCAAUCCUCGCGAAAUUGGCGAAGGAAGUAAAGCCGAAACCGCCAUCGAAACUGGAGCUUUUGAAACAACAACACUCUUUAGAAGCAAACUCGGAUUCCGAAGAAGUGUUGUACGACGAAGAAGUAUACCCGAAAAUAUCCAAUGCGAGCGAUGUGAACGCGAUUUUCUUCUACAAUCCAAGCGGGAAAUCUCGAAAACGCGAAGCUCAAGAUGAGAAAAUAUGUGCUAAAGCCAUCGUCUCGGGGUUGCUGGACAGCGAAUUUAACUGCUUCUCGGAGGACCCAGAGUUGAUGGAACUGUUCGAGAGUUUAGACUUGCUCGGUUUGGACCCGACGCGAAAUUACGAUCAACGUGCAGAAAUGACUCGCGCUUCGACUGGACACGUGGCGGCGGCGAUGGCAAUGCACGAACAGAAUCUCCUCGCCGAGAAAAAUGGAGAAGGCAACAAAAUGGACGAGGACGAUUCGAGGAAACAUCCUUCUUCUUCUUCUCGAAGUGGAAAGACAAACACAAAAUCUCCCAUCCAUCGCUUGAAGGAAAACCACCACGAACAACCGGAAACUCCUCGCACGCCGAAAACAACCGACGACGUUCUCACCAGCCACGAAAUCUUAAACGUCUCUCGAGAAUGUUGCGAUCCUUCCUCCACUCGACAAGACAUGACUUUAGCGUUACAAGCCGUCCCUUCGAUUGCGGCAAAAACCAUCGUCAUCGAAUCUUCCCGCGCGUUAUUCGUCCGACUCAUUCAAGACGUCUUCUCGGACGAUGAAAACAUCAAAGCGCUUUCAAAAUCCUUGGAAAAUUUGGCGUUGUCCGCCGGCGAAGUUCUCGGCGCCGACGCCGUGUUAAGAUGUUUGAAAGUCGCGUGCGAAGAUCCAGACGUCAGAGACCACGCCGAGGCGAGCGCGUUGGACACUCCAUCCGGGGCCAUGCUCUCCCACGUCGUCACCAACAUCACUCUGCAGUUGAUCAACGAACAUCACGUCAGAAACAGAAUACAUUAG